AUGUCCGCCUUCUGCCUGGGCUUGGCCGGCCGCGCUUCAGCACCCGCCGAGCCGGACAGCGCCUGCUGCAUGGAGCUGCCCGCCGCGGCCGGGGACGCACUCGGGAGUCCCGCCGCCGCCGCCGCCGCCGCCCUCGUCUUCCCCGGGGGCCCCGGGGAGCUGGAACUGGCCUUAGAGGAGGAGCUGGCGCUGCUGGCGGCCGGGGAGCGGCCGUGCGACCCCGGGGAGCAUCCUCAGGCCGAGCCCGGGCCUCUGGCCGAGAGGGCCGGGCCGCAGUCGCCGCCCGCUCAGGAUCCCGAGCUGCUGUCGGUGAUCCGGCAGAAAGAGAAGGAUCUGGUGUUGGCAGCCCGGCUGGGCAAGGCGCUGCUCGAGAGGAACCAGGACAUGAGCCGGCAGUACGAGCAGAUGCAUAAGGAGCUGACCGACAAGUUGGAGCACUUAGAACAAGAGAAACACGAACUAAGAAGACGAUUUGAGAACCGGGAAGGGGAAUGGGAAGGGCGAGUGUCCGAGCUGGAGAGUGAUGUGAAACAGCUUCAGGACGAGUUGGAGAGGCAGCAAGUUCACCUGCGGGAAGCAGAUCGAGAAAAGACGCGGGCGGUCCAAGAACUGUCCGAACAGAACCAGAGGUUACUGGAUCAACUCAGCAGGGCAUCAGAAGUGGAGAGACAACUCUCCAUGCAAGUCCACGCCCUCAGAGAAGACUUCCGAGAGAAGAACUCUUCAACCAACCAACACAUCAUCCGGCUUGAGAGCCUGCAGGCUGAGAUCAAGAUGCUGUCAGAUAGGAAACGGGAGCUGGAGCAUCGCCUCAGUGCCACCUUGGAGGAAAAUGACCUGCUCCAGGGGACCGUGGAGGAGCUGCAGGACCGGGUGCUGAUCCUGGAGAGGCAAAGCCAUGACAAAGACCUACAGCUGCAUCAAAGCCAGCUGGAGCUCCAGGAGGUGCGGCUCUCCUGCCGGCAGCUGCAGGUGAAGGUGGAAGAACUCACUGAGGAGCGGAGUUUGCAGAGCUCUGCGGCCACCAGCACCUCCCUCCUGUCAGAGAUAGAGCAGAGCAUGGAGGCCGAGGAACUGGAGCAGGAGAGGGAGCAGCUGAGACUGCAGCUCUGGGAAGCCUACUGCCAGGUUCGCUAUCUCUGCUCACACCUUCGAGGAAACGACAGUGCUGACUCAGCCGUCUCCACAGACUCCUCAAUGGACGAGUCUUCGGAAACCUCGUCCGCUAAGGACGUGCCAGCCGGCAGCUUGCGCACUGCCCUCAACGAGCUCAAAAGACUGAUACAGAGCAUUGUGGACGGCAUGGAGCCCACGAGCUCCCGGAGAAUUGAUGAUGACUCCUUAGAAGAACAGAUAAGGCAGACCAGUGAGGACUCAAGAGCCCUAAGGGAACUCAUGGAGGGAGAGAGGGGUAAACUGAGGCAAAGCCUAGAAGAGCUGCAGCAACUCCACAGUCAGGUGACGCUGCUGAGUGUGGAGAUGACUGCACUGAAAGAGGAGAGAGACCGACUCAGAGUGACAUCAGAGGACAAGGAUCCAGAGGAGCAGCUUCAGAAGGCCAUCAGGGACCGGGAUGAGGCCAUCGCUAAGAAGAAUGCUGUGGAGCUGGAACUCACCAAGUGCAGGAUGGAUAUGAUGGCUCUGAACAGCCAGCUGCUGGAUGCCAUUCAGCAGAAACUGAACCUCUCGCAGCAGCUUGAGGCUUGGCAGGAUGACAUGCACAGGGUCAUUGACCGGCAGCUGAUGGACAAGCAUCUGAAGGAGCGGAGUCUGCCGGCAUCUUCCUUCUCCAGGGGCCAUGGCGCAGGGCGGGGGGAUGAGCCUGGCGCCACCGAAGGCAAACGGUUCUUCUCGUUCUUCAGGAAAAUUUAAGUUGGGAGGAGCCAGGCCACCAAGGGUGGGUGGACGGAGGCACUGAAAGGGGGUGCAGCAGAACCCAGCACACUGUCCCACGAGGGCUUCUGGAGGCCUGGGCUCCGCAUUUGCAAGAGACCCAGGGUGGGAGUGCUGGCCUGGUUUGCCCUCUGAAGGGUGCCCUCCACAGGGAGACAGGCAGAAACCCUGUCCCCACCGCAGGGCCAAGCCCAAGCCUGGGUGCCCCCAGCAUCUGGUAUGAGCAGAGCUCAGGCUGCCCCAGAGCUGCCCCUGCUCAGCUUUGCCAUUUUGACCUGCAGGUCACACACCACCCCCACCCCCACCCCCAUCCCAGUGCUCCAGCACCCAGGCCCCAGGUACUGCUGCCCUUCAGUUUCUGAAUACGGGGGAGCAAAAAGAGACGGAGGCCCUUCUCUGCAUGCCCCAGGAGGCCGCCCACCCCCUGCUGCCUGAGCCACUCCACCCUGGCAAAGGGGUGAGGAAGGGGCCCCUCACCCACAUGCAUGCGGCUCUGCCAGGCACAGCUCCGGGCCCAGCACCUUUGGGCAGGUGCCAGUCUGCCGGGGCAGCUCACCGCGGGAGACUGAGCCUAAGGCAGCAGGGCCAAGGGCUGUUCUCUGGCUCAGCCACGGGUUUCAGCCCCAGCUUGGCUGAGGCCGCACUGAGCCCCAGGGAGGAAGAAGGGCCUCUUCGGGGAGCCAUGGCUCUCUCUCCCCAGCCUCCUCCAGUGGCAUCCUUGCCCCCUAGUUGGGGACUGGGUGGGCAGUGUUCUCUCUGGCUCUCUGCAGGCUUCAGCCACCCAGCCCUUCCCCUUCAUGGGGCUGGAGCUGGGACAGGCCCUGCCCCUCCCCCCAGAAGCCCCCUGCCCCCAUGUGUACUUAACCCGGCCAAGUAAGUCAAGGCCACAGACUAGCCCCAGAGGGGUCUGUGGUUAGCUACCCCAGCCACAUAGGCAGCAUCAGCACCGUGGGGUGGGCAGGGGCACUGUGGCAGCCCCGGCUGCUGGGAGCUCCGUGGCUCUAGACACUGCCCGGGGCUGCAGAAGGAAUGACCCUGCACCUGGGGCUUCCGCUCCUUCCUCAGCAGCCACCACCCACUGUCUCUGCUGAGGCCCCAAGUCAGGUCACGGGCUGGGUGCCUGCCUGCAGCUGCUUCACAGCCAGGAAAGCGCAGCAGGGCGUGGUGAGAAUGUAACUAUAGAUAUGUACAUACCACAGUGCUGUAACUUUUGUAUGUAGCAAUCAUGUAAAUACAUAUAUGGAUUUUAUAAUAUACAUAUUAUAUAUAAAUCUAUAAAGGCAUAUUUUUAGAAACACAGCGCAUCACUGCUUCUUUUGAAAAUAGUCUGAAUAAGAAUAAAAUGAAUUUCUACAGAGCUCCCUGCCUCGGUUUUUGAGUAUUUGGAGGUGCUGGCUGGUCAGGCUGCAGCUUGCAUUUCAGGAGGGCCCCUGGCUGAGAAGAGGUGGCAGUAGAGGACCCACACUGGAAGCACCUCACACCUUGGUGUCCACCAGGGUUCAGCUGAGAAGAGGCCUCCCUCC